CGGGUGAGGAGCUCCGGGUGCAGCCAUGUUCGGGGGCUUGGGGCGCUGCUUCGAGGAGGACCCGUUUUUCCGGGAUCCCUUUGCAGCGCAUCAUGAAUACAUGCGCCAGAUGAUGAGAAGUUUCUCCGAUCCUUUUGGAAGAGAUCCAUUCCUCAGCAUCACGGACAGUAGGGAGAGAGCGGUAGAGCAAAGAUCGCGCCAUGAGUCUCAGGUUGCUCCAAGAGGAAGUCGCAGACAGGAUUCAGAUUUUGGGGAGCCAUUUUUUGCAAUGGACAGAAUGAUGUCAAAUAUGCGAAACAGUAUGCUAGAGAUGCAAAGAAAAUUUGAUGACUUCUCUGUCCAUCCAGAUGCCCACACAUUCAGUUCCUCUUCUGUGAUGACAUAUUCCAAAGUAGGGGAUGAACCUCCAAAAGUUUUCCAGGCUUCAGCUCAGACACGUACAGCUCCCGGAGGUGUUAAGGAGACAAGAAAAGCGCUUAAAGAUUCUGAAAGUGGAGUGGAAAAAAUGGCUAUUGGUCAUCAUAUUCAUGACCGUGCCCAUGUUGUAAAAAAAUCAAAGAACACCAAAACUGGUGACGAAGAACUGAACCAAGAAUUCAUCAACUUGGAUGAAUCUGAUGCCCAGACCUUUGACGAGGAGUGGCAGAAGGAGGUUUUGAAGUUCAAGCCAUCUAGAGCUACAUACAACGUAGAAGCUCCAAAAUACAGAAGUAUUCACAACAUACCCAAAGAUGGAUCAAGAAGGGAGAAGCCACUUACAAGAACACCAAUUGCAGGUUCUAGAGGACCCAGAAUUUCUUCAGAGAACCUCAGUGUGAAAGGAUCACAUGUUCCCAUCAAAAGCAGCAAAAAAUAAAAGUUUCCAUGUCCUUUUGGACGGAGUCUCUUCAGAGAAGAUAAUGGUGCUGUCUGUUUAUGUUUGUAAAGUAUAUGCAUAUAUAAGACCAAUCUCUGUUUUGUUUUACUAUUAGUGUGCCUUUUUCCUCUAAUCUUUUUGACUACUGAAUGUUCUCUAAAUCUCCAGAUCUUUGGUUUAAACUAUCUAUAUAGUUUAAGUACUUUCCACUUCAAAGCACUUUAAUGGGAUAUAACUAAUUCUGUUUAAAAAAUGCUUUACUUUGCCUUGCAGAGUUUUUCCCCACAACUGCACUAGUUGUCUCUAACUUUUUAUCAGGCCUGAUGAGUACAACUGCUCUUUCUUCUGUUGUAGAACUUUCACAGAACGUAGAUUCUUUCAGUUUUGUGUGACAAUUGCUAAUUUGGGUUUAGCAAUAUAUCAGUUAAUCACAGUUCAGUGCACUAUUGCCAGUAUGUAAUUGGAUUUGAAGUCACAUUGUAAAUUGCUAUAGAAUCCACAGAUACAUAUUCUUCAAUGUGGGGAAAUAAGUGAAAGGAAUACUAAAAUACUGAUAAAAUCUAAAUUUUAUUUUAAAAAGUAUCAGCUUAUAUUCACGCACUGUGCUCGCAUCUCACUUUUGAAGCUAAGCUGUUAAUUCUGUGUUUUUGAUCACUUGUGUAUUUCCCUUGGAAGUGGCCCAUUAUAUUUCAGUCUUGAAGACUCUCCAGUUUUCAGUGUCCUAUAACUCAGUUCUUCUAUAACUUAGUUCUUAAUCAGAAAAGUAUGGGGAAUUGGUUCAAUAGGCAGUUGUUUGUUAAUUACAUAAUUAAGGACUCCUGUUCUAAAAAGCUAAAAUAUCUCUGCAUAUAGAAAACUUUCUUCUGUCAGCUGUCAUAUUUUAUAUGACUUCUGCACCCCAGUCUAGCAGAUGCAGUGGAAUAUUGUUAAUCUUCAUCUCCCUUUUUUUCCUCCUCCUUUUUCUUCCCCUUACUCCUUGGUUAAAGGGUUAUAGCAGGAGGCAAACUGUGUUUGACUGAGAAUGGGUAAAGUCUUGAAGUCCAGAUGCUGUUUUGUUAAUCAGACUAGAUCCCAAGUUGUAGUGUAAAUAAUAUUCUGUAGAAUAUAGCAUUAUAGUAUUAGCACUGUAACCUGCAUUUCAAGGCUAAACUAUUAGUGUCGCCUUAAACUAUUUAUAUGAUAAAUGAAAAAGUCUAAGUAUUUGUAUGACUAAAAAUUAAAAGGUAUCUUUUAAAGCACUUCUUUCUGAAAAUUCCUUGGAGUAUUUAAGGUGGUUCUUGCAACAGAAGCACUUGGGUUACGUCCCUGCUCCCUCGUGGGCCAAGAGCGAGCCCUGGUGGCAGGGAGCUCGCUGCUGCUCUGCGCCCACCAUCCCCUCACGGGAUUUUCAUGCCUUAAAUCUUGCGUCUUUUGGAGAGUAGCAAAGGACAGCUGGGGAGCUGGGCCUCCCUUUCUUGAAGACUGCCCCUCUCUUGCCCUUAACUUGAUUGGGAACAUAACUGACAAAUGCCCAUCACUAUUUCCCACUAAUAAACAGCAGAAAAAUAAAAUGGAGCGUAAUGCUUUUUAUGUGGUGAUUUCAGGGAGGGGAAAAAAAGACCUUCAGUUUCAGUGAGGUGUUCUUAAACAGAAACUACUAUUUAUCCAAUUGCUUAUAUUUAUAUAGGCAUAAAAUGUGUACACACAGGGCCAGGGAAAACUGACUGUACUCUGUAACCUACAAAACCAGUGCAUCCUCGGAUUGUAAAAUUACA